AUGGAUCUAAGUCUCAUCAUGUCGGAAUCGACAUCCUCAUCACAGCCAUGGUCCUUAACUGGCAAGACGGCGAUAGUUACCGGAGGAUCACGGGGCAUUGGACGAGGGAUUGCAAUUCAUUUUGCGAAGAAAGGUCUAGCCAAUCUUGCCAUUACAUACGUCGCAAACAAGGCAGCAGCAGAGGAAACCAUUAAAACUUGCCAAGAACUCGGUGUUCGACGAGCCAUCAUGAUUCAAGCAAACAUGGCCGAUCACAACGUUGCGCAGAGAGUCAUCAACGAAACCAUUGACGGCUUGGAGACGAAAACCAUCGACAUUUUGGUCAACAAUGCCAUACUGGGUGACGUGAAAUACAUGUCCCCAGUUGGCGAGACCGGUCCGGAAGACUUUGCGGUAAUGAUGCACGCCAAUGUGUUCUCACCCGUCAGUCUGACUGUCGCCUUCAUGGCCCAUGCACCAACGUAUGGCGGACGUGUAAUCAACAUUUCCAGUAUUGCUGGGAAGCUAGGAAAUCGGGAUCCCAUCAUGACUUAUGGUGCCACCAAAGCCGCCCUCGAGAGUUACACGAGAUCUUUUGCAUACCAAUUUUCCGCAGAGAGAGGUAUGACUUUCAACAGCGUGAGUGUUGGCCCGACAGCUACGGAUGCUCUUGAGGCAGCCAAGAGCGCCUUCGACGCCGGCUUUUUCCAGAAGCAGAUCGAGGAAAUCACAGCUGCACCAAGAAUCGGAGAGCCGGAAGACAUUGCUUACAUUGUCGGGUUCCUUGCGAGCGAAGAGGGUAGAUGGGUUAAUGGCGCUGCGGUCAGUGCGAAUGGAGGUCACCGGAGCACCCUAGCAGCUUUUGGUUAG